AUGGCACCGGACAUGUGGCUCUUCUUUGGGAUCGCGGGAUUGCUGGCAGCAGCGCUCUCAGCCCUCAAGGCCGCAUCUGCAGGCUACAAGCCCAGAAGCCCGGGUGCAGAGGGCUUCUACGGCUGCUGGUGCUGUGGCUACGGCUGCUGCCAGCGGCGGCUGCUGCUGCUGUAUGAACUUGGAAACACUUUCCAGUGCCUCUCAUCUUCACCCCACUCUGGCCAGCGCAGAAAUGGCAGCACCACAAACGUGCCCUUGGACCCAGAGGAGCAGCUUGGGGUCCGUCUGGUGAACGGGAGCAGUCUUUGCAGCGGAUCCAUGGAGGUUCUACUGGGGGCAUCCUGGGAGCCUGCGCGCGUGGUACACCAGGACAGACUCACCCCCGAGGCUGUGUGUGAAGCGCUGGACUGUGGCGCUUUGGAGAAGGCUACCUACCUGAUGCCACCCACCUCGGAGUUGCCACCCAGGGCCACCUCUGGGAACACCAGCAGUGCUGGGAAUACGACAUGGGCGCGGGCACCAACCGUGCGAUGCAGCGGAGCCCAUUGGCAGCUCUGCAAGAUAGAGGACCACGAGUACAUCAGCGACAGGAGGCUGGUGUUGGUCACCUGUGCAGAGAACCAGGCUGUGCGAUUAGUGGAUGGUGGUAGCCGCUGCUGUGGCCGCGUGGAGAUGCUGGAACAUGGUGAAUGGGGAACAGUGUGCGAUGACACUUGGGACCUGAAAGACGCGCACGUGGUUUGUAAGCAACUAAGGUGCGGCUGGGCAGUGCAGGCACUGGCGGGCUUGCACUUCACCCCAGGCCAAGGACCCAUCCACCGAGACCAGGUGAACUGCUCCGGGACCGAGACAUAUCUGUGGGACUGUAUGGGGCUGCCUGGAGACCGGUACUGUGGUCACAAAGAGGACGCAGGAGUGGUGUGCUCAGAGCACCAGUCCUGGCGUCUGACUGGAGGCAUUGACUCCUGCGAAGGGCAGGUGGAGGUGCACUACCAAGGGGUCUGGAGCACCGUGUGUGACAGCGUGUGGUACGAGUCCGAGGCCAAAGUGCUCUGUCGGUCCUUGGGUUGCGGAUCAGAGGUGGAUUGGCCCAGGGGGCUGCCACACUCUCUGGCAGGUAGAAUGUACUACUCCUGUGAAGGAGACGAACUCACCCUCAGCAACUGUUUCUGGCGGUUCAACAACUCUAACUUGUGCAGCCAAUCGCUGGCAGCCAGAGUCAUCUGCUCAGGCUCCCGGAGACAUCACAACCUGUCCACUUCUGAAGUACCUUCCAGAGUGCCGGUCACGAUAGAAUCUUCUGUGCCAUUGAGUACGAAGGACAAGGAGUCUCAAGAGCCAGCACUUCUCAUUUCCUGCAUUGUCCUGGGAAGUCUCCUUCUUGUCUCCCUCAUCUUCAUAGCAAUUCUUCUCUUGAAAGGGAAAGGACAAUACGCCCUCCCUGUUUCAGUGAACCACCAGCACCUGCCCACUGCCAUGCCAGCAGGAGUCAAUAACUAUCAUGCUGUCCCCAUCACCAUUCCCAAAGAAGCUCCCAUGCUGUUCAUCAAGCCCCGGGUCCCUGAGGUCUCGGACUCCAGUUCCGACUCCGACUAUGAACAUUAUGACUUCAGCUCCCAGCCACCUGUGGCCCUGACCACCUUCUACAAUUCCCAGAGGCAUCGGGUCACAGAGGAAGAGGCCCAGCAGAACAGGUUUCGGAUGCCACCCUUGGAGGAAGGUCUUGAAGAAUUGCAUGUUUCCCACGUCCCAGCUGCUGACCCCAGACCCUGUGUGGCAGAUGUCCCCUCUCUGGGCUCUCAGUACCACAUGAGGAGCAACAGUGGGUCCAGCACCUCCUCUGGGGAGGCCUACUGCAACAGUCCCAGCAGCAAGCCACCCCCAUGGAACUCUCAGGUGUUUUCUUCCGAGAGGAGUCCCCCCCGAGAGCAGCCCUCCAACUUGGAACUGGCUGGCUCUCAGGCAAUGUUUUCAGGUAGUUCUGCAGACGGUGACAGUUCCAGCACCUCGUCUGGAGAGUGGUACCAGAACUUCCAGGCACCACCCCUACAUCCUCCAGUGGAGCAGUUUGAAUGUCCAGGACUCCCUGACCCCCAACUGGACUCCACUGAUGAAGACGAGGACUAUGAUGACAUUGGAGCAGCCUAG